AUGCUCGAUGGUGGGGAUGGCGUCGCCGCAGAUGAGGGUGGUGGUUGUGGGCUCGGAGAUGAGGAGGCCGCAGGUUCCGGGGGAGACUCCGGGGAGGGGGAAGAGGUCGACGGAUGUGACGAUGGUGUCCUCGGCGGGUUUGAUGCGCUGGAGGAGCUGGAUGUCUUUGGUGAGCAUUUCCAUGAGGACUUGCUCGUCUUCGGGGAGCUCGUCGCCUCGUUCUUCGGCGGCUUGUUUGGCUUGGGCGAGCUGGGCGAGGGACUGGGCGAGCGGGAUCCCGACGGUUUCGCGCUCGGUUGGGGAGAUGAGCCACACUGCUUGGUCGAAGAGUUCGAUGGCUCUUCUCGCCUCGGGGUUGAAGGAGGUGAGGAAGACGUGGGUGAUGUCUUUGGGGGCGAGUCCGGCGCGUUCGGAGAGGCGCGCCUCAACGGCUUGGGGAGGGAGUCCGGGGUCGACGAUGAUCUUGGCGUCGGCUGUUUGCAGGAGCGUUGUUGUGGUGUGUCCGGUGCGGACUGGGGAUCGCUCGUUCCAGAGUGGGUGUGCGGGGAGGGUGGCGAUUACUUGCUUGGAUUCAUCGCGGUGGCGAGGAGGAAGGUCGUCUUCGGUGAUUCCGGAGGCGCCUCCGAUGCAUUCGGUGACAUCUUCUCCGGUGAGUUCAAAGUGGACUCCGCCGAGAACUGUGCCGGCGGCUUUGUGGGCGGCGAUGGUUUGUUCGAGUUCGCUGAGGAUGUCGUUGAAGUUUCUGGUUUUGAUUCCCGCGGCGGUUUUGGUGCCGUUGGCGUGCAUGGGGUCGGUCAUCCAGAGGACGUUGAGUUGUUCGGACUUGAUGCGAUCGAGCAGCGGGGGGAGGUGAUCGGCGACUUUGCCGGCUCCCAUGCGGACGAUGAGGACGAGUUUGCCUGGUUCGUUGGUGGGGUUGAGGGUGCUCACGAGCGUGACGAGCUCGUCGGGUUGCAUGGUUGGUCCGACUUUGACGCCGACUGGGUUUUGGAUGCCUUUGAAGAACUCGAUGUGUGGGCCAUCGAGGUUUCGGUUGCGCUCUCCGAUCCACGGGAGGUGGGUGGUGAGGUCGAAGUGGCCGUUUCUUCUUGGGACGGUGUAGAAGUCGACGCGCGUGGAUUCGUGGACGCGUUGUUCUCCGAGGUUUUCCAUGAAGGAGAGGCCGUCGGCGAGGGUCUGGGACAUGCGCUGGUACUGGGACUUGCGGUCGUCGGAGAGGUCGGCGUUGUGGAAGAAGGAGAGGUCCCAGUAUUCGGGGUGGUGGAGGUCGGCGAAUCCGCCGUCGAGGAGGGAGCGGAUGAAGUUGAGGGUCAUGGAGGCGUGUUUGUAUCCUUCGACCAUCAGGUUUGGGUCUGGGGCGCGGGAUUGGGGAUCGAAGGGGGAGCGUGGUUUGGCGUAUUGACCUGCGAAGCGUCCGAUGCGGGUGACUGGUGUGCGGAGGCCGUGGAUCAGGACGAGGGACAUCUGGAGGAGGAUUUUGAGUUUGUUGGCGAUGUAUUCUGGUCGGCACUCGUCGAGGGUUUCGGCGCAGUCACCGCCUUGGAGGAUGAAGCGUUGUCCGGACUGGGCUUGGGCUAUUUGUGCUUUGAGUUUUUCGAUUUCCCAGGAGGUGACGAGGGGCGGGAGCUGGGCGAGGCGGGUGGUCGCGGCGGUGAGGGCGGCGGGGUCCUCGUAGGUGUAGGGUGGCGGACCUUUGCAUUGGUGAUGGUCAAUGUGCUGAUGAUUGCGCAUCUGAUCCAGUGGUUGAUCAUGGGGAUGACGAUUUCUCCGAUUGAGCCGAGCGAGGCGAUGGAGACGCUUGAGGUUGGGGUUGUGAAUGCGGGGGCGAUUUUCUUCUUGGUCGCGAUUGUGAUCACGAUGGUUUUCGGGCGGUUCUUCUGCGGCUGGGCGUGUCAUGUGGUGGCGUUGCAGGAUUUGUGUGCGGUGGUGAUGGCGCGGAUCGGGGUGCGUCCCAAGGCGUUCCGUUCGCGGUUGUUGAUGUGGGUGCCGUUUGUGCUUGGGAUGUACAUGUUUGUUUGGCCGACGUUUAAGCGGCUGGUUUUGCGUCCGGUGCUUGAGGGGGCGGGGGUGGAUUGGCCUGUCUGGUUGCGUCCGGUGAGUGAGAUUCAUCGGGUGAGUUCUGAGCUGAUUGUGGAGGAUUUUUGGGCGACGAUGCCGAGCUGGCCUGUGGCGGUGGUGUUCUUGUUUGUGUGCGGCUUUGUGACGGUGUACUUUUUGGGCGCGAAGGGGUUCUGUACUUAUGCGUGUCCUUAUGCGGCGUUCUUUAAGCCGAUCGAUAAGAUCGCGCCGGUGCGCGUGGUGGUGAACGACAACUGUCAGGGGUGCGCACACUGCACGAGCGCGUGCAGUUCCAAUGUGCGCGUGCACGAAGAGGUGCGCGACUACGGGAUGGUCGUGGACUCGGGGUGCAUGAAGACGAUGGACUGUAUCAGUGCGUGUCCGAACGACGCGCUAUCGAUCGGGUUUGGUGGGCCUGCGGUGUUGAAGAAGGCGAAGGAUACGCCUGCCGCGAAGAUGGCGGCGGAGAAACGCAAGCGGCGGUAUGACCUGAAUCUGUGGGAGGAUCUGGGCGCUGCGGUGAUCUUUGCGUGGGCGUUUUACGCGACGCGCGGGGCGUUUGAUAAGGUCCCGAUGCUGAUGGCGGGGGGGAUGGCGGCGGUCGUCACGAUGCUUGCGGUGCAGGUGUGGUGGAUGAUCCGGCGGGAGAAUGUGCGGCUGCACUCGAUGCAGCUCAAGAAGGGCGGGAAGAUCAAGUUUGCUGGUUUUGGACUGGUUUUGCUGUGCGUCGUGAUGUUCGCGAUGUCGGCGUGGACGGGGCACGCGAAGUAUGCACGCUGGCGCGGAGACCUGAUGUACGCGGGGUUUGAUACUCCCAGCAACGCGAUGAUGCGACGGGACUUUAUGGCUUCAGCAGAGAUGCAGAAUCGAGCGAAGGAAGCGCUGGGGUGGUAUCAGCGUGGUGAUUCGUUUGAGAAUGGCGGGUUCGGGUGGACACUGAACGCGGAGUUUCGGACGCAGCAGGCGUACCUGCACACGAUCGCGGGUGAACCUGGGAAGGGGCUCGAGGCGCUGCGCGAGGUGAUUGAGCACGGGAAUCCCACGGACAGUUUGAUCAUCCAGGCGGGGCAGCUCGCGGAGCUUUCUACGGGUGAUGUAGGGAAUCUGCUUGUGGUAUAUCAGGAGAGCUUGGACAAGCAUCCGGAUCUGCAUCUGAUCCGUAGUGAGCUUGCGAAGGCGGCGUACUCGCGCGGGAAGGUCGAAGAAGCGGAAGCGAUGUGGACGCACGAACCUGAGGAUAACGAGAUCGGGUUCCUGAUGGCGGAGGCGGCGUUUGAGGGGUUCCGGGGUGAUCGCGAGAAGGUGGCUGAGCUGUACAACCAAGCGGUUGAGCUUGUGCCUGAGGUUCAUGGGAACAAGGCGGGGUGGUAUAUUGAUAUUGCGCGAGCGGCGUCGGCGUAUGGGAUGCGCGACUUGAUGGCGCAGAUGGCGGAGACGGCGAUCGCGAGCGAUGACGCGACGGCGCUGACCUGGCUGAGUGCUGGGGAGCUUGCGAACGCGCUGCGGGAUUAUCCGCUUUCUGCGGAGCGUGCUGAGCAGGCGCUGACGAUGAAGGGGAGCGAGCGGUCGGAGGUGCUGCGGCGCGCGGCGGGGAUCUUUGCGGAUGCGGAUCAGCGGGAUCGAUCGGUCGAGCUGUUGAUUCUCGCGGAGGAGCGUGCGGAGAAUGACUUUGAUCGAAAGUACAUCAUCGAGCUGAUGAUCCGGAUCGGGCUGGUGUAUCAGCAUGAACAGGCGCUGGUGAAGGGAUAUGAGCUGUAUGAAGCGCUGGCGGAGGAGCGUACGGACAUCCCGGUGAUCAUGGUCGAUUACGCGAUCUUCUUGUAUCAGGGAGGGCGCGGCGAGGAGGCUUUUGCGGCGAUGAUCCGAGCGGCGGGUUUGGAUGAUCGCAAUGUCGCGAUUGCUCAGCGCGUCGCGGAGAUGUACUCUGGGAUCGGGGACAGCGCGAACAUGCAGGUGUGGUACGACGAGGCGGAGCGCCGACGGGCAGCGAAUGCGGCGGUGGAAUCUGCUGGUGGAUGA